GCCCCUCCCCAGUGACAGCCGUGCCGGGAGGAGGGGCGGCCGCGCUCGCUGCCGAUGCUGCCGGGCCCCGGCCUGCCGCCUGCCCUUACUCUGCUGGGGCUCGCCGCCGCGCUGGCCCCCCCGGCCGCCCGCUGCGCCCUGCGGCCCUGCAGUAACUUGUCUGCAACCCAUUGGUCCCAUCUCCACCCUACUAACAUGUUCAACAGUUGCAACGUUAACAAGUUCUACCACAGCAAAGCUCUCACCUCCCCGUAUCCUGGAUCGCACGUUGAGCGUAGCCAAGUUCCUGAAGACAAAGUGGGCUGGCUGACUCAGUGGGAAGAUUAUAAUCCUGUGGAGUACACUGCAGCGGCUGUUUUGGCCGGACCCAAGUGGGCGGAUCCUCAGCUCAAUGAUAAAAAUUUUUCUCCCAAAUUUAACGAGAGAGAUGGAGAAGUAGAGAGGACGAGUCGGAAUGGCUUGUAUGUGGUUGAAAAUGGGAGGCCCCGGAAUCCCGCGGGAAGGACUGGUCUCACAGGCAGAGGACUAUUAGGGCGCUGGGGGCCAAACCACGCCGCCGAUCCCGUUGUGACUAGGUGGAAGAGGGAUGGAAGUGGCAAUAAGAUCGCUCACCCAGUUACUGGCAAAAACAUCUUGCAGUUUGUAGCUAUAAAGAGGAGAGACUGUGGGGAGUGGGCCAUCCCGGGGGGGAUGGUGGACCCAGGGGAGAAGAUCAGUGCUACUCUGAAGCGAGAAUUUGGGGAAGAGGCCUUGAACUCCUUGCAGAAAUCUCCUGAGGAAAAAGCAAGCUUGGAAAAGCAACUGCAGAGGCUAUUCAGCCAGGAGCACUUUGUGGUGUACAGAGGAUAUGUGGAUGACCCUCGUAACACUGACAACGCGUGGAUGGAGACAGAGGCUGUGAACUAUCACGAUGAAACAGGUGAGACAAUGGAUAACUUGCCUCUGGAAGCAGGUGAUGAUGCUGGGAUGGUGAAGUGGGUUGACAUCAGUGAGAAGCUCAAGCUGUAUGCCAACCAUAGCUACUUCAUUAAGCUUGUGACUGAGAAACGGGGAGCCCACUGGCAAGAGGAUCCUGGUCCUGAGUGCCAUGAGGGAUGUAAAUGAGGAACAGACUCCCACACGAGGGGAAUACCAGCUGCCCAGCCUUGAAACUGAGAUGAUGUCCUUUUCAGUGCUGAAGUUCAGCUGGCAAAAACUCUUACCUGGAUUAGCAAGGUUGCAUUGCAAGUGAUGUAUAACAAUGACUGUGUCAAGUGCAUGCAGUGUUACAGUUGUGGGGUCACGCUCUGGCUAAAUAUCUGCCAGAACUUUUGGCUUCAAUGAGACAUGCCGUAAUGGAGGCUUUUGGAAGAUAUAAAAUGGCUUUGUUGGAUUUCUCAAGUGUAAAAUGAGAUUAACGUGGAGCUGUUAACUUCUUUCUUGUCUUAAUUGUUUUCAGCCAUUCUUCAUAUCUGCAGCGUUUUAUGAAAUAAUUGGGAAUUUGAUUGUAGUUCUGAGCUACACUUGAACUCUGUAUUUUUGCACUGAUUUCUUGUCAGGAGCAUGGAUCUUUCAGGCACGUGAGACUUGUAGGAUGAUGAUCUGAAUUAAUUACUAAGAUGAAUUAAAGAGCUAUGUA